AUUCAUUUUAGUGAAUGGUAAAGGAAAAAUACAGUCACUGGCAAGAAGAUAGAUACAUGACAGAUCAUCCCUGAUUACAAUGCAAAGGUGUUUGGCCUUAAAUGAAAAGAUAAUUGAAACGAAUAUUUAAAAAUGAAUCAAGACUGGCUUAGGGAUGAAUUCUUCUCCUCUUGGUUCACUUAAUUUUGGAGGCUGAGAAACUUUUCUACGAUGUUUGCUGACAUCACAUCCUUCCGAAAAGCACUACGUCCUAUCAAGCCAAACGAGCAAAUUCAUCUUUGCUCUGCUGCGCCUUUCUUGAGAACAGUCAGCACAAGGAGAUAAUGGCCAGAUUCGUUUCUUUGCUGUUUUUUCUCAGUCUGAGCUUGUGCUGCUGCAGAUCCCAGGGCCAGAAAAGCAAAAUGAGUGUGAGGUUCCACAGGGGCAGCAGCCCCCUUUCCCUGCGAGCCAACGUGGAGCUGGAGUGUGUGAUCUCAGACCACAGCCUGUCCGACAGCGGUGUGUCCUGGGUGCGCCAGUACAGGGAUUCUGCCCCCCAGUUCAUCUUGUUCGUUACCUCCCUCGGCCGGGUGGCACCAACAGAGAAUGGAAAACCACCCGAACACUUUCAGGCGAAAAAAGAAUCCAGCAACUACAGACUGACCGUGACGUCCUUCCAGGAGCAGGACCAGGGCAAUUAUUAUUGCAUCGUCAACCACAACCAGAGACUGCACUUCAGCUCCGGGAUCCCACUACACCUGCCAGGCUGCUGCAGAUCCCAGGGCCAGAAAAGCAAAAUGAGUGUGAGGUUCCACAGGGGCAGCAGCCCCCUUUCCCUGCGAGCCAACGUGGAGCUGGAGUGUGUGAUCUCAGACCACAGCCUGUCCGACAGCGGUGUGUCCUGGGUGCGCCAGUACAGGGAUUCUGCCCCCCAGUUCAUCUUGUUCGUUACCUCCCUCGGCCGGGUGGCACCAACAGAGAAUGGAAAACCACCCGAACACUUUCAGGCGAAAAAAGAAUCCAGCAACUACAGACUGACCGUGACGUCCUUCCAGGAGCAGGACCAGGGCAAUUAUUAUUGCAUCGUCAACCACAACCAGAGACUGCACUUCAGCUCCGGGAUCCCACUACACCUGCCAGCCCCCGCCACCACAGCCGCCCCUCCGAAGGCAACCACGCCCCAGCCCAGCACCACCACCACCCGCAGCAGGGAACUGGGGGGCUGCAAACCCUUCCCGACCACAGAGAAAGCCCCAAAGAAAGGGAUGGAUUUAUCCUGUAACAUUUUCAUCUGGGCCCCCUUAGCCAGCACCUGCCUUCUCCUCUUAAUUGCCCUGCUGGCCACCAUCACGGUGUAUGAAACAACCAGAAGACGAAGAUGCAAAUGUAAAAGACCUAUGCAUGGGAACAAUGGAAAACCCAGCUUGCCAAACAGAUACGUGUAACGUGACUGAGCCAUUUGCAUCUGGAUCUCCAAACGGGAGCUGUCACUGCAUAAACAAACCCUACGUCUAUUUCCAUUACUCAUUCUCGCUCUCACUUUAUUUUUUAAAUUGUUCUUGUACUUUCUAGUCUGUUAAUUUUUAAAAGGCAAACUGUUCAAAAAGAGCAUAUAGAUAAUGCUGGACAUCAGCCACUUCCUACAUCAACUGUAUUGCCUGGAUUUUAAAAUGUAGCUCCCUCCAAAAUUUUCUUGGUUGAAUCUUUCAAGCUGGUUUCCAAGUCAUAGAAAAGCAAAACAUGCCAAAUGAUAUAAUCCAUAACUCUGGCAAAACCCUCACUUACUGAAGCCUGUGGCGCAAAUCCUGAGAUUUUUAUUGUCCUUACUCAGAUAUAUACCAAUUGACUUCAACAGCUAAGUAAAGACCUCAACAUUCAGUCUGUUGGAAUUUUGCCUGCACAAAAACCGAGUAAAGACUGCCAGAUUAGGCCUGCCGCAACAAAGUGUGUGAUCCUGCCGCAACUGAAGUCAGUGGUAAAGCUCUCGUUCACUUCAGUGAUGCAGGACUGGGGCCUUCGUGAAGACAUUUCUAUUUGUGAUGCUGUCUACAAUGGGGAAAGGAGAUAAAAGGUAUUUAAUCUAAUGAGCAUCCCAAUGCUGAGCUAACUGGAAGUGGGGCAUUAGCACAGGUCCUAGGCACUGCUAGGAUUUUUAAUUUUAAAAGGGGGCAAAAAGCCAGUUAAGGUUGAACAAUCACAGAGUUUAAUAUCAGCAACUGGCUAAAAUCAAUGAAACUGUAAAACUUUUAGAAGACAUGAUGCAGGGUUGAAAGGGCAAAUGCUAAAAAAGGCUGUUAUUUCUUUCACAGUCCCUAAGACUAAAGAUUGCAAGCUCCAGCAUUCUGCCCUUACUCAGGUAGACUGUCACUGACUUCAGUGGGAGUUUUGACUGAUCAAGGUAUGCAGGAUUCAUCCUAUUUGUAGGCACCCACAGGCAAGUGGCAAAAGAGUAAAUCUAACCCCACUCUCCUUUCCGCAAACCAGUGUUUUAAGCACAGAAUGAAAGAUCUUAUUUUUUUCAACUACGUAGUUGAUGUAAAUAUUUUCUUGCUAUAAUUGCCAUAAAGUUUUUCAAUAUUUCUAUUCCCAACAAUCAGUAUAAAUACUGUGGAACAAUUCAACUAUACUUCUAGAUAGUCUCACUGAAGUACAUUGCCUUAUCUUCUUCUUAGCCUCAGAAAAGCUAGAGAACUAAAUAAAAAUAUAAAUGACCUUUUUGCUGAGAGAUUUGAAUAAGAGAAGAAAGGUGUUGCUGUGGUUAAAGAUACAGGCCUAGGCUUCAUGAGACCUGGGUUCAAAUCCCAGCUCUACCACAGUCUGUAACCUUAAUCUCUUCCGUACCUUGCUGUCAUGCUAAACCCGUAAAUACGUUGGGGAUAAAGGCCUUAUAAGUCUGUAGAUACAAGAUGUUGACUGGAAAGAGAAAUCUCUGGCUACAUAUUUGUACACAAAUCAGCCAGGCAAAAUGUUCCCAUAUGUAUUGGCACUACCACAGUAACACAAUCCAAAUUCACUUCCAACAUCCCAAGUGUAUCUCUUCUUAAACAAUGGAUCUGGUAAUAAGUGUGGCCCCAAUUUAGUAAAAUCUUAAGCUUGUGCCUAUCUCAAGACUUGUGAGUAGUCCCAUUCACUAGACCAAGAAAUACUUUUGUGACAGAUGUUGAGAUGCCAUGUAAUAAUCUAUGAAUACUGAGAUAUAAUAAUGUUAUGAACACUGCAUGUGACCUGCUCUGUAAAGGGAAGUUACAGUAUAGUAUGGUGGGUUAUUGGAAUUUCCUGAAUGAAUGUAUCGAUCUGACUUUAUAGGAGGUUGUGAGAAAAGCAAGCAGGAAAGCAACAAAAUAGCUAGAGGUAAGCAACCCUUACCCUCCCAACAAACACAGGGGUCAGGGAGGGAGGGAGGGAGUAUGAGGGGCAAUUGUAAGACAGUGGCAUUCCUCCAGGCCCUAGGCCAAAGUGACAUAGCUGUUCUGCCAAUGCAAGGAACUAGUAGAUCAAAGGGCUAUAAACAGUUAAGUCUCCUCAGGAGAAGAAGAAGGAUUGAUUGUCACUAUGUGUGACAGACCCAGAGAGAGGCUCUGUGGAGGAGUCUGAAAGAUUAGGAUCUUUCCCCAGAUCCAGGGAAUGGUAAGCCUUAGGGAAAGACAGGCAAGCAUGUAGGGUGUUGAUUGUUUUAAGAUUUGUUUUCUCUGAAAGGCUUUUGUACUAAAUAAAUAAUGCAUUGCUUGACGAA